AUGGACGUCAGAUACAGCUUUCUGAAUACGCUAGAACACUACCCGUGUGAGCUUAUACGAGGGCUGUGGACGCUUCAGUCGCUAGAUCUUCAAAGAACAGAUGCUGGAGUGUCCCACGAACGAGACCGAUGGCUGGCGAUGCACAUGCAGAGCCAGUCGGAGCUACUGGAGAGACUUGCAGAUGAGCAAAUAAGGGCAUUGAAGAGCCAUAGAAGCCAGCUGAUUGAACUGCAGGGAGUACGAAAGAGGUGCGAGGCUGCCAGAAGGAGGCAGAGAAGGCAGAUGCAGCACAAGACGGACAAAUUGACGAUAAAGCUGAGUCUUAAUAGCAGUAAGAAGAGCAAGCGUAAUGUUGCGGAGGCUCCGAAAGUGCAGAAUGUGAAAUCCGCUGAAGAAGAGCCGGAACAGACCUAUUGCUUUUGUAACAACGUGUCAUACGGUGCGAUGAUUGCGUGCGAUAACGAACUAUGUCCCAGGGAGUGGUUCCAUUACGGCUGCGUUGGCAUAACGAAGCCACCCAAGGGGAAGUGGUACUGCAGCGCCGAGUGCCGAAAACAAGCGUAA